CGAAACGAAGACGGACCGAUUUUUUUUCAAGAAAACCCCAGCUAUAAAAUCUAUAUCAAUUAAAAUGGAGCAGAACAAACUAAAUGAAUCGAACAAUAACCUGUGCAAGCAGCAACAGUGUAAUAAACCGGAGCCUUGUAAUCCGAAAUUGUGCUAUAAGAAAUACGUUCAGCCCUGCAGACCGAAGCCGUGUAAACCUUUAUCGAAUUCAUUCAGAAAUGAAGGAAAAAUCGCAGGAAAUACGGUUUACAGUUCUUCUUACGCGACUUACGUCUGUGGAUCGAGGCAGAAGCCGAUAAAACAAAAUGAUCAUUUGGUCAUGGCCGGCGAAUUUGACUGCUUAACAGUAAACAGGGUAAGCACCGAUUUUUCUCUUAAAAGAGGCGUCUUCGCCGUGCACU